AUGACAUGUAUAAAAGAGAAUGUUGGUUUUGAACAUGCGUUGAUUUCGCAGUACCAUCCUAGAGCUAAUGGUGCAAGUGAAAGAGCUGUCCAGCCGGCAGUGAACACCAUUAAAAAACAAAUAGUUGGUAAUGUCGCUGAUUGGGAUCAGAAGGUGCCAUCUGCACAGUUGUUUUUGAAUAGCAAGUAUAAUGCUAGGACUAAGAGUACGCCAUUCUCAUUAAUGUUUGGA